AUGCAACACGAAGAACAGUGCGACACUACCUACGGUCAAGGCAACGGUCGUCGAGCGGGUGAGGAGGAACUCAAGAUGGAGGGGCACUUGUUGAUGAGGAUGAAGAGGAGGGAUCACCUGCUGCUCACUGACGGCGGCGCAGGGGCGGGGCCUCUGGCGGUGCAGUCGCCGCAGACGCCGAUGGAGCCCAUGGAGUUCCUGUCGCGGUCGUGGAGCGUGUCGGCGUCGGAGAUCUCCAAGGUGCUGGCCGUCGGCGGCGUGGGCGGGAGGCGGAGCUCCAACUUCGUCGUCGACCGCCUGUCCGGGAUGCUCAUGCCGGAGACGCUCGCGCUCGCCGCCGCCUCCGGCACCAACAUCAGCCCUCGCAAGCGCACCCUCAGGAGCAGGAGCGCGAUCUCGGCGCACCAGGUCCACCACACGGUCCACGCGAUCGGGAAGUGGUUCCACCACUGGGACGCGAGCAGCAAGGUGGACAAGGCCCGCGCGGAGCGGGCGCGCGUGCACGCCGCGGUCUCCGUGGCGAGCGUGGCGGCCGCGGUCGCCGCCGUGGCCGCGGGCGCCGCGAGCCCCGAGAUGGAGGACGUCGAUGGCGCCAGGAUGGAGAGCGCGCUGGCGUCCGCGACGCAGCUGCUGGCGUCGCACUGCGUCGAGGUCGCCGAGCUCGCCGGGGCCGACCACGACCAGGUGGCGUCCGCCGUGGAGGCCGCAGUGGACGUGCGGAGCCCCGGGGAUCUGCGGACCCUCACCGCCGCAGCGGCCACGGCUCUCAGAGGAGCCGCGGCGAUGCGGCAUAGGGCGCAGCGGGACGCGAGGAGCAGGGCGGCCGUGGCGCCGUACGAGAAGGCCGGCGGCAGCUGCCGCGCGGACGUCUGGUGCAAGGAAGGCGCGCUCCUCAAACGCAACCGCAAAGGCAAGCAGCCAUCUAUUCGCCACCAAGUGGCCGUGUACAUCAACAAGAGGUCGCACGUGAUAGUGAAGCUGAAGAGCAAGCACAUCGGCGGCGCCUUCUCCAAGAAGAAGAAGGGUGUCGUCUACGGCGUCUACGACGACAUACCGGCGUGGCCGGCGCACGACGAAGGCGGCGGCGUGCAAAGCUCGGCGCCGGAGACGUGCCACUUCGGGCUGAGGACGGCGCAGGGCCUGCUCGAGUUCCAGUGCGAAAGCAGGGCACAGAGGCAGGACUGGGUGGAGGCGGUGAAGAACCUGAUCCGGCAGGUGGCCGGCGGGACUGCUCAGCUCGAGCACUCCUUCGAGUCCCUAAGGCUGAGCACGUCUUAA